AUGACCUCCGCUGACCGCAACUCCUCCUGGUCGAACGCUGCCUCGGCCACCCCGGGCACGAACGACGAGCCGAGCACAAAGUCCAAGAAGACUCGUGUCCAUAGGGCUUGUGAUGCAUGCAGGAAACGUAAAGUUCGCUGCGAAGGUCCUCAAAACAGUCAAGCCGGCGGCAAAUGUCCCUUCUGUAUCCAGAUGGGGAAAGCAUGCACAUAUCUGGAAGAUACUAAACGUCCCAAGGGUCCUUCAAAGGGGUAUGUGACGAUGCUCGAACAAAAGUGUGGUCGUAUGAAGAGUAUGCUAUACCAGCUAUGCCCUUCUAUCGAUCUCGAAAGCUACAUCGGCACACAUGUCAACUGUGAAGAUUUCAACAACGAUUCCUAUCUCGACGACCUUCACUCGCGAGGAAUCCCACCUUACCCCGCCCUCAAACCACUAUCACUCCCAUCCCCUCAAUCUUCUACAGCUUCGUACGCUCCCCCUUCGUCGAAUGACACGACAAGCCCCGAAAGCACUGCUGAAGGCGAUAACGACGAAGAUAGACUUACCCAAACCGCCCUCGUCAACUCGAUGCACUGGCUCAAAGUCCGUGAUGCCCACUGGCGCUACCACGGCAAAUCCUCCAAUGCCCAGCUCGUCAUGCAGAUCCAAGAUCUCAAGUACCAAAAGGGCAUCAAGUCGGAUUUCAUCGCUGAAGUCGGCAAGGCGAAGAGAGAGGCGUUCUGGGAGGCGACAGAGUGGGAGCGGUUCAUUGAUACGGAUGGGACGGAGCCGUUAGAAACAAAGGCUUGGCCGGAGCGGGGGCUGGAUCAGAUGCUGAUCAAUGCUUAUUUUGACAAGGUCGAUUUCCACGUACCGCUCCUCAACAGACUGAUCUUUCAAGAGCAGUACGACGCAAAGCUAUGGCGGACCAGCGAAGGCUUUGCCAGGCUCUGCAUGCUGGUCUUUGCCAACGGCGCUCGUUUCGUCCAAGACCCCCGAGUCCUAUGGCAAGACGACUCUUCCACGAUCGCCCCGCCGAACAACAAGUUUUCCGGGGGCUGGAAAUACUUUCGAGCCGUACUCCGCAUGGGCCACAACAUCAUGCAGCUUCCCACCCUAUUCGAUAUCCAAUGUCUCGUUCUCACCUGCUCCUUCAUCCACACCAGCAGCUCUACCCCCCAGCGCCUCACCACCGUCGCCGCUCUCGGACUCCAAUCCAUCCAAGAGCUCGGCGCACACGUCUCUGCCGUCCUCGCUCAGUGGGAUCCGGUGGAGAGGGCUUUGUAUCAUCGAGCGUUCUGGUGUCUGUAUCAUAUCGAUAGGUAUGGUAGCGCUACGGUGGGUAGGCCUGUGGCGAUACUGGAUUCUGAAUUCGACGUGCCCGAGCUGGCGGAUAUCGACGACGAGUAUUGGGAGCGACAAGAUUCGGACGGGGGCGGGACGCAGCCGAAAGGCAAGGUGUCGAGGGUGGCAUUUUUCAUCGAGAUUUCCAAAGUGGAUAGAAUUAUCGGGCGGACGUUGACGAAUGUCUAUGGGAUACGCAAGCCUGUCCACGUGGUUGUCUCCAAACGGGCGAUGGCGACAGAGCUCGACGCAGAGUUGACAGAGUGGGCUAAGAACGUGCCUCUGGCGCUCCAAUGGGACCCAGACUGCUCAAACUACUCUCUCCUGUGCCAUUCUGCCCACAUGUGGGCCCAGGGGCACUUUGCAAGAAUCCUCAUUCAUCGUAUUCUCGUCCCUCCCCACCCCAACACUGGUACUCUCGAACAGCUCUCGUCACUCAAAUCGUGUAUCGAAGCGGCCUACGCCAUCUGCGGUAUCACCGACGCCCUCCUAGUCCGCGGUCGACAUGAAAACUGCCCCCCGGGACACGCCAUCCCCGUCAUCCUCAAGCUACCUUCCUGGGUCUCGGGCAUCAUCCUCCUCCUCGCCCUCUAUACUACCGAUCUCAGUCAAGACGAGGUGCACCGCGUGAGGGAAGGGCUGGUAUCGUGUAUGCGGGCGAGCCAGGAGCUGGAAGUGCUGUGGCAGAGGUCGGGGAAGGUGACGGACUUUUUGGAGCGGGCGGUCGCAGAGGCGGAUUUAUUCGCAAAGGGGAUGGCGCAAAAGGUGACGGGUCCAGGGGUGGAAAUAGAGGGCGUUUCGUUGGAAGGCGAGCUGGGCCGUUAUCUCCCCAAAGCCACGCCAGCCACUCCUUCCUCGUACCUGUCACCAGAUGCUGGGAAGAAUGAUGGCAAGAAGACCCAGCAGGGGUUGUAUGAUUCGUGGUUGCGCAUGAGCACGUUCCAAUCGCAGCUGCUCAACAUGGACAUCCCGAUGCGGGCGAGGGAGGAGAUGGAAGAAGGGAUAGGGGAUGACUGGUGGGCAAAGAUGUUAGGGGCACAAAAUGGUCCAGAUCUAUACAACACUUGGAUAUGA